GUGUAUUUGUGUAUAAGUGUACACAGUGCCGCCCCUUUCGGCACUGCCGCGUAGGAAACUCUCCGUACAGGAGCUCCUCGCUAUACGGCGCAUGGCUGUAGCUCGUUUCGCUUUACGGUUUCGCUAUUUGCUGCAUAUCGGCAUCGUAAAGCGGGGACUAGCGGUACUGGCAGAUAGUAGUCAUUACUGAUGUAGAGUUUUUUAAUUUUUUAAUUUUAUUUAUUUAUUUAACUUAACCUCGCCGUCUUUGAUGCGCUGUUUAUUAUUACGCGACGCGUCCCCUCGGAUUAAUUUUAUUUCAGCAUUAUUAACGCUUCUGGCUUUUUUGCGCACACAGCCCUGGAUUAGUCCCACGGAUGGAUCCCGUUUGACCUUGAAGUCCCCCGCGGGCGGCGGUGUUGCCGUGACCCUCGGAUCGCGCUGGAAUCUCCUUUUUGUCUCCCCUAGUGGAGGAGCCACGGGCUCGCAGUGACACAUUCAACACCAGGAUGAGCGCCAUGUCUGCUCCCGCGGCUCGGGAAUAGGCGCUCGGGGCCGCGCGGGGUCCGUCUUUUCGGGGUCUCUGGGCAGCAUGUCGGAGAGCGCCGGUGCGCAGCAGGGCUCCCCCGCCGUGGGCGCGGCCGGUUCGGCUCCCGCGGCUCCCGGAGCUGCCGGCGGAACCGAGGGCUCGGCGGCAGUCGCCGGAUCGGCGCGCAUCGCCGCCAAGAAGGAGCAGCUGCGCUCGUCUCCGCGGCCCAAGAAGCUCGAGAAGCUCGGCGUGUACUCGUCGUGCAAGGCUGAGGGUGCGUGUAAAUGUAAUGGCUGGAAGAGCCAGAACCCCCCUCCGACGCCACCUAGGACGGACCAGCAGACCGCGGCCGUGAACCUGACGGAGCCGUGCCGCAGCUGCGGUCAUCCCCUCGCCGACCACGUGACUCACCUGGAGAACGUGUCGGAGGAGGAGAUGAACCGCCUGCUGGGAAUCGUGCUGGACGUCGAGUAUCUGUACACGUGCGUGCACAAGGAGGAGGACGCGGACACUAAACAAGUGUAUUUCUCUCUGUUCAAACUCUUGAGAAAAUGCAUCCUACAGAUGGGGAAACCGGUGGUGGAGGGUGCGUUGGAAAGCCCCCCGUUCGAAAAGCCCAGCAUCGAACAGGGAGUGAAUAACUUUGUCCAGUACAAGUUCAGCCACCUGCCCACCAAGGAGAGGCAGACCAUAGAGGAACUGGCAAAGAUGUUCCUCAACCAGAUUAACUACCUGCCGCUGGAAACCCCAUCCCAGAGGAGACAGAGGCCACCAGGAGAUGAUGGGGCAGAAUAUAAAGUCAACUACACCAGGUGGCUGUGCUACUGCAACGUGCCGCAGUUCUGCGACAGUCUACCGCGGUACGAGACCACGCAGGUGUUCGGUAGGACGCUCCUGCGCUCUGUGUUCACAGCCAUGCGAAAGCAGCUGCUGGAGCACGCCCGCCAGGAGAAAGACAAGCUGCCGCCGGAGAAGCGCACAUUAAUCCUCACACACUUCCCAAAGUUCCUCUCUAUGCUGGAGGAGGAGGUGUACAGCAACAGCUCUCCCAUCUGGAGCGAGGAGUUUCAGGCUGGGACGUCAGGGGGCCAGAUGCCCAUCCAUACGGUGAUCAGCGCUCCCCCAGUAUCCAGACCGGUCUCCUACAGCGCCAGCCCAAUGAACCUGGAUCCAUCCAGCUGCGGAGGUGUCAGUCCGGUCCGGAAGCCAGCAUCCAUUCUGGAUCCCAGCCCAGGAGAGAAACGGAAGACAGCCGAGCCCCUCAUCCACGAUGAUGUGAAACGGCCGAAGGUGAUGGGGGACAUUCCACUUGACUUGAUCAACGAGGUCAUGUCCACCAUCACGGACCCCACCACUAUGCUGGGCCCAGAGACCAGCUUGUUGUCGGCCCACUCUGCUCGGGACGAGGCGGCUCGUUUGGAGGAGCGCCGAGGAGUGAUCGAGUUCCACGUCAUCGGCAACUCCCUCAGCCAGAAGCCCAACAAGAAGAUUAUGAUGUGGCUGGUUGGCCUGCAGAAUGUUUUCUCCCACCAGCUGCCCCGCAUGCCCAAAGAGUACAUCACCCGGCUCGUGUUCGACCCAAAACACAAGACACUUUCACUGAUCAAAGACGGCAGAGUGAUCGGGGGGAUCUGCUUCCGGAUGUUUCCCUCCCAGGGGUUCACCGAGAUCGUCUUCUGCGCAGUCACCUCCAAUGAGCAAGUCAAGGGCUAUGGUACACACCUGAUGAACCACCUGAAAGAGUAUCAUAUCAAGCAUGACAUCCUCAAUUUCCUCACCUACGCGGACGAGUAUGCCAUCGGCUAUUUCAAAAAGCAGGGGUUCUCUAAAGACAUCAAGGUGCCCAAGUCAAAGUAUGUGGGCUACAUCAAGGACUAUGAGGGCGCCACGCUGAUGGGAUGUGAACUGAAUCCCAGCAUUCCCUACACCGAGUUCUCGGUCAUUAUCAAGAAGCAGAAGGAGAUCAUCAAGAAGCUGAUCGAGCGCAAGCAGGCUCAGAUCCGAAAGGUCUAUCCCGGGCUUUCCUGUUUUAAGGAAGGCGUUCGGCAGAUUCCCAUUGAGAGCAUUCCUGGAAUACGGGAAACCGGCUGGAAGCCUCUGGGAAAAGGGAAGGAGAUUAAGGACCCGGAUCAGCUGUACAGCACAUUAAAGACUAUCCUGCAGCAUGUGAAGAACCACCAGAACGCUUGGCCUUUCAUGGAGCCAGUGAAGAAAACAGAGGCUCCUGGGUACUACCAGGUGAUUCGCUUCCCCAUGGAUCUGAAGACCAUUAGCGAGCGCCUAAAGAGUCGAUAUUACACCACGAGGAAGCUCUUCAUGGCAGACAUGCAGCGGGUCUUUACCAACUGCCGCGAGUACAACCCCCCGGAGAGCGAGUACUACAAGUGCGCCAACCUGCUGGAGAAGUUCUUCUACACCAAGAUCAAGGAGGCAGGCCUGAUUGAGAAGUAACGGACCUGAACCGCCCUGCGAGUUUGUCCAAAGUGCACCACGCGCUCUUCGUCCCUCAAAACACCGUACACUGAUUUCUCAUAACUUCUCGAGAAUCUACGUGACUGACCCCCCGGGAAGGUGUGAAAUGGAGGCGCAUCAUUUUCACUCAGUUAACUCAGGAAAACUAAUGUGACAAGCAGGAUGAAAAAUCAUCAAAUGUAAUACAUCCAAGGGAAGGAGUCUGGUGCUUGGAGUUCUUGCAGUUCUCGUGGACCUUGUGACCAGGCACAGCACCAGGAGACGUUUCUGGAAAACACUGGACCAUCCACACAAGUCCACAGCCUGGAUCGGGAGCCAGUGGACUAUAGGAUAAAGUGUGCGUGCAUGACUUCGUGGUGUCUGUGGAGUGUCUUGGCAUUUUUUUGGCAUGUGCACAGGUCAAAGGUUGUGUGUGUAUCAUCUGGGAGUUCCACCUGCCAAAAAUAGGAAAUUUUUUUUACUUUUUCUUUUUUUUUUGUCCCUGGAAGGAUUGUUAUCUCUCAAAAUGCAGCUCACAAUUUACGUCAAGCAUUUCAGCUUUCAUUUUGCAGUGUUGAUUUUUUUUUUUUUUUUAAUGAAAUGCCCUGACUUGUCAGAAUGACACAAGGCACUUAUCAUUAUGGAAAAUAUGCAAGAAAAAGAGCAGGAGCAUUUCUUGACCAUGCUUUGUUUUAACCAGACAAAAUAAUGCACGCUUAUGCUGAUUAAUUUAUGUAGAGUAUGAUUAUUGUUCACGUGAUGUAAUAUUCAAGGGUUAUCAGUACAAUGGUGAAGCAAAGGUCUUAAUUUAUUGUCUUAUUGUCUACCCUGCAGAUGAAUAUUGAUGCAUUUGUUUCUGAAAG